UUGUCUAACCUACAAAUGUUGUUAUGUCAGAUAUCUGUCAAAAAUAACUGAUAUGGAUUUACAAGAGAAUUUUUAACGCGUAUUCUGAAAUGAUUUCGUAUUGAGAGGUUUAAAAAACGAUUUGAUAUGGGACGAAAUCCGCCCUCGUUAAAAUUACGACAACAAAAUGGUAAUCAUUCCAAGAAAGAAUCGAAAAAAGAGACUCAAAAAAGAGCUCAACAACAACAAAAAAGACCAGAACCAGAAAUUAAUAAUUUGUUAUACCCAAGUGGUGAUACAGCGUUUAAAGCAAUUUUAUUAACUAGAUUUUGUGCUGCAAUUUGGUCGCAUAUCACGGAUUGCGAUGAAACGUAUAAUUAUUGGGAACCUAUGCAUUAUUUAAUAUUCGAUAAAGGUUUGCAAACGUGGGAGUAUAGCCCUGAGUUUGCUUUAAGGUCGUAUACAUACCUUUUAAUUCAUGGAGUACCAGGAAUAAUUUAUCAGCGUCUUUUAAGACCUAAUCCUUUAUUAAUUUUUUAUUUUAUCAGAUGUUUAUUGGUUUUAUUAUGUUCUUUUGUAGAGGUGUUCUUUUACAAAGCCGUUUGUCGUGAAUUUGGAGUCCACAUUGGAAGAAUGUGUUUGGUGUUUCAAUUAUUUUCGGCAGGGAUGUUUAUCUCCUGUUCGGCGUUGUUACCAUCAUCUUGGGCAAUGUAUAUGUGUUUUGUUAUGUGUGGUGCUUGGUGGAUGCAAAAAUAUGAAUUAGCAAUUUUUGCAACAGCACUAGGUGCUCUGUUAGGUAAUAAUGGCUGGCCAUUUGCUGCAGUUUUAGGAGUCCCUUUAGCUGUAGAUAUGUUAAUCAUGAAAAAAAUGUACAAAACCUUUCUACAAUGGUCGAUAAUUUCAGCGGGAGUUAUUUUAGUUCCAAUGGUAAUAACAGACAGUCUGUUAUAUGGCAAAUUAGUAAUUGCCCCUUUAAAUAUUCUUAUAUACAACGUUUUUGGUGGAGCUGGACCAAAUUUAUACGGAGUUGAACCGUUAUCUUAUUAUUUAAUAAAUGGUUUCUUAAAUUUUAAUUUAAUUUGGAUUUUUGCAUUAAUUUCCCCAUUAGCCCUGAUUUUAUCGUAUAUUCUCGUUCCAUCAAAACAAAAAAGUACCUUAACUUUACCCCAUUAUUUUUCACUUUCCCCUUUAUUCUUAUGGUUGUUUAUCUUCUUUUUACAACCUCAUAAAGAAGAACGAUUUUUGUUCCCGAUUUAUCCCUUAAUUUGUUUAUCUGGAGCAAUAACUGUGGAUAUAAUACAAAAAUUGUAUUUUCGCGUUUUAAAUUUUAUCAAAACGGUGUCUUAUGGUACUCAUUAUUUGGAUUGUACGGUUUUUAUUAUGGUUGGAAGUUUUAUUAUCACUUCUUUAUUAGGUUUAUCUCGAAUUUAUUCUCUUUACUCAAAUUACCAUGCAUCAAUGGAUAUAAUGAUGGAAUUAAAUCGUUAUUCCGUUGAAGGAAAAAUUUCUGAAAAUGCAAUAAUUAAUGUGUGUUUAGGAAAAGAUUGGCAUCGUUAUCCAAAUUCGUUUUUCUUACCUAAUAAUAAUUGGAACGUUCGAUUCAUCAAAUCAGAAUUUACCGGCAUUUUGCCGUUUCCUUACGCAGAGUCAGAUAAUGGUACAAAAAUCGUCCAUAAACACUUCAACGACCAAAACCGUGAAGAACCAAGUGUGUAUUUUGAUCUAAACAAGUGCCACUUUUUGAUCGAUUUGGACUUGGAAAAGGACACUUUAUUGGAGCCGAAUUAUUCGAUGAAGAAAGAUCAUUGGAAGGUGCUGAAAGUUUUUAAGUUUUUGGACGCGGAAAAAUCACAUCGACUUUUCCGGGCGUUUUACAUUCCUUAUUUUAGUGAGAAAAACGUGAAGUAUGGAAGUUUUUUGUUGAUGCAAAACGUUAAAAUUGGAAAAUUAAAAUAAGCUCAAACACUUUGUUUAUUAAGUUCCUUUUUUUUUAAAAGUUUUAUAUGAGAAUUUGUAAAUAAAUAAAUACCAAAUGAAAAUGUUA